AUGCCUCGAGGACGCAGGGGCUGUUGGACAUGUCGCAUCCGACACAGAAGAUGUGACGAGUCGUCUCCCGAAUGUAAAGAAUGCAGUACCCGAAGUAUCACCUGCCAUGGAUACGGCCUUGAGCCACCAGAUUGGAUGAGCAAUGAUCAGUUACUGCAAGAGGAGCUGCGGCGGAUCAAAGGUGCAGUUAAGGAGAAUUUCCGGCGUGUCAAGACAAUUCAGAAUCGCCAACUUGCUCGGUCAACGGCUCAAGCAGCUCAAUCUUCGCGCGCCAAAGCCACUUCUCGACCCGAAUGCGAAAUAUCUGGCGGUGCGGUACAAGUCGGUUCAUCAACGACAAACACCAUCUUUCGGGAGGCGCAGUAUUUGGUACACUACCUCGACUACAUCUUUCCAAUUCAGUAUGCUUUCUACGUCGAUGCACCAGAUCAAGGAGGCAGAGGAUGGCUGUUCUUCCUUCUCGAGAGAAAUGCACCCCUACGAAAUGCAGCUCUGACCCUGUCUGCGUUUCAUCAACAUACUUUCUCACCUUAUCAUACGGAGAAACAGGAAGACGAACUAUUACAAUACCAUACCAAAGCACUUCAAGAACUCCGACACGUUGUCCGCCAUCGCGACGUUGGUGCUUCUGCUGAUAAUAUCGAGGAAUGGCUCAAAUUCCUUGCUGGCGGCAUGUUUUUGAUCUCCUUCGAGGUAUUCCAAGGCGGUACAAACAACUGGCAAGCGCACUUCAACGCCCUCGUAUCCGUUAUUCAGAACCUGACAUCCUCCGACUUUGACUUCGAUGCCUCCGAUCCUUCGAGCCCAGACUUUGACUUCCAGCGAGGCAUGAAUACUGCGCAAAAGUUCAUUCUCUCGAACCUAGUUUGGAUAGACAUACUGGCCCCUCUGGCUACGGGGGCUGCACCGAGGUUACCAUAUCGCGAUUGGCUCAACGCUGGAAAUAUUGACAUGUCGAGAGUCAUGGGUUGCUCAAACUGCAUCAUGAUUGCGAUCGGAGAUAUGAUGACACUGGAUUCGAAUGCUCUAACAAUGGACAGUGGGACUUUGCAAAUCGCCAUUGAUGACCUGGAGAAAUGUAUGCAUGAUGGCAUAGGCGCGGCAUUAGAUGAUGGAUCAACGUUGACACCCACCAACCGCUCAGUCACUCAUCUCUUCGCAACCGCAGCACUCGUCCAACUUUACACUCUUGCGUCAGAAUGCAACAUCAAAUCACCAGAUCCUCACAGAGCAGUGUCGCGAGUCGUCGAAGUAUUAGCCAGCCUACCUCCCCAUAUAUCCCUUCGGGGAACGCCAUGGCCUCUAUGCGUUGCCGGUUCUAUGGCGCUUCCUCCCAAUGAACAGUACUUUGACACUUUGUUGACAAAGCUCAUGGACCAUGGUAAGGCAGGGUUUACUAAUUGUGGUACUGUUUAUAAUGUGAUGCAAAAUGCUUGGAAGCAACGACGGCGAGAUCCGAGUAGAGUUUGGAGUGCUAGACAAUCGAUGGAGGAUAUGGGUAUUUGUGCGCUUUUAAUAUGAGCCUGCUUUAAGGAGGCUGAGACGGAGUAUUGGUUCUGUUCACCUGGCCAUUAGUGAUGAGCCCACCACUGAGGAACUCCAUACACCAAUACCCUUAGAGGUAUAGAGUACCAUAAUACAUCGCAGUGAGACGUCCAUGGUCGCGUCACUUUAAAAACAGCAAGCCGUU